AUGUUUAUAGAUGAGACGAACGGUCGAUACUGGCUAUUGAACAUCUUUACGAUGUCAUAUUCAGCUGCCGCAGAUUCCGCAUUUCCGGCGCUCGUUGCAAUCGAAGCGUCGAAGUACUUGAAAGGAGCGGGCCUUUCGACGAAUGAUGCGGUGAACCGUCUUCCGUUGCUGGACGUGACAAAUACAGCGUUGAAGAAAAUAUGUUUUAAACCUGGGCGGUUCUUGUGCACUCCGAGCAUCUACCGCUCGUACACCGGAUACUGCAAUAAUGUGAACAAUCCGCUGCGCGGCGCUGCUUACGUUCCGUUGCAAAGACUCUUCGCUCCAAGUUAUGCUGACGGAAUCUCUACGCCGCAUGUUGCCAGCGACGGAAAUCCGCUUCCAAAUCCACUCGUAGUUAGCAGACAGUUGUUUUCCAAUGAUGAACCCCUGCACAGCAGCAUAUCCAUUCUCCUACCGACAUGGGCUUUGUUCAUUAAUAAUGACAUAUUUCAACUGAGUUCGAUGAAAGGCAAAUUUUUAUCUUUCCUGCCGUGUUGCGAAAGGACGUCAGGCGACGAUGAGUGCCUUAGCAUUACUACUUACUCUGAAAAGCAGUUUUACAAUCAGAGUGACCAUAUUUGCAUACCUUACGCAAGAACUGUUCCUUCGCCGCGUGAAAACUGCUUAUUAGGACCUCGAGAGCAAGGAAACUCUGUCAGUUCGUUUUUAGACGGCAGCGGCAUUUACGGAACGACCGAAGAAAAAGCAGUCUCCCUGAGGUCACUGAAAAACGAAGGAACUUCUACCUCAUCACAAAGUGUCUGUCAAGGGGCCAUGUUUUGGUCGAAUAGGUGGAAGGUGCUUCAUGUCAGCCAUUUGUACCUUAGCUUCAUCUAUUGCUUGAUAAAAACGAAAUGCUUAGGCUCUGAUCAUGCAAACUUCUUACCUACUUUAACAGCAAUACAUACGAUAUGGAUGAGGCAACAUAACAACCUCGCCAGGAAAUUAAAAAUUUUAAAUAGUAACUGGAACGACGAACGCAUAUACCAGGAAAGUCGAAAGAUCCUCAUUGCCCAAAUUCAACAUGUAACUUUCAGUGAAUACCUGCCAAUUGUUAUAGGAGUAGAAAACGUGGAUCGCUUCUCGCUGAGGCUCAGAAAAGUUGGAUACUUUUCAGACUACGAUUUCGAGAUGGACCCGUCAACAUUGAAUGAGUACGCAGCAGCUGCUGGACUGUUCCUCUAUAGUAUGCUGCAUGUGACGAUUCGGUUAAAUGACAAUGACGGGCGGAUUAUUCUGGAGCAGCCACUUUCCGAGCUGUACAUGCUGGAUACGCCGUCCUCCAGACCUGGCCUGCAUUUAUCCAAACAAUUCACUCAACGAUUGCUACCGACUUCGGACGGCAUUGGCUUUAAUUUGGCAGCGAUUCUCCUCCAACGAGGUCGCGAACAUGGCCUGCCAUCGUACACGAAAGUCAGAAAGCUGUGUGGCUAUGAUCCGGUGACAACCUUUGAAGAUCUGCGGAGUAUAGUUCAAACCCCUGACAUAAUUGCGCUUCUGCGCAAACUCUACAAGAAGGCCGACCGUUUCUGGUAUGAAAACUUUAUGGCUCCAUCAGCGUUUAGCGAAGCGCAGUUGGCAGAAAUUCGGAAAACUACAAUGGCUCAGAUUAUUUGUGAUACCACGGACAACGUCAGUGUAGUGCAGCCCAUGGUGUUUAUGUUACCUGAUAAGUUUUCGAACAGCCCAGUCAGUUGCAAAACCACCGUUAUACCGGAAAUGGAUCUCAGUCCAUGGAUAGAGAGGGAAACCGCAUUUCGCCAACCAAUAACUGAAGAAACGCUAAGGAAAGCGAUUGAAAUGGGCAAAGAGAGAAUCAAAGAUGUGUUUGAAAGACACCAGAACUUUGGAACAAGCUACCUCCAAAAACCCCAAACCAGUAUAUCAUCAGCUUAUUUUGGACACGGCGUACCGUUCAUUUCUGACCAGGAAGUGCUGUUGCGCUCGAGAACGGCCACCGCAAUGGCAGAGGCAGCAAAACUCAUUAUUCGAAGAGAGGACGUUGAAAACAACGAAGCAGUCCUAGACGAGCUGAACAUGAAUGUAAUCCAGGAGCUGAUUCCUGAAAUCGAUGUCGCAAGUUUCAUAGGUACUGUUAAGGAUCCUGACGUUCGACCGCAAGCAUUUAUUUUGCAUGCAGGUAACGCACCUGGAAACACAAGGCAGUGCAACCCGAGACCUCUUCCAUGUGACGCAACCUCACCUUACCGUACUUCGUCCGGAUGGUGCAAUAGGCUAUCGAGUCCAGUAGCUGGCAGCACGUUUGUCUCCUUUCGAAGAUUACUAAAGCCGGCCUACAGUUUUGGUGAACCAAGGAUGUUCAGCAAAAGUGGUGCACUCCUCCCCAGUGCCAGACUUGUGGCCAACGAAAUGCACACGAGCAUGAACAUCGAACACCCAAAGUACAGUCACGCGCUGAUGAUGUACGGACAGUUCAUCGAUCAUGACAUAUCACAUACUCCUCAGUCUACAGCACCGGAUGGGACGUUGUUGGAGUGUCGAAGCUGUGACUCAUAUUACUUAGAGUCGUUCAACUGCUGGCCAAUAAAGAUACCGUUAAACGACCCAUACUUUCCACCAGAACUUUCCAGUGGUGAACCCAGAUGUAUCCCGUUUGUCCGUUCUCUUAUAGGAGAUCUAAAAUCAGGUUACAGAGAACAAAUCAACCAAGUUUCUAGCUACAUUGACGGGUCCAAUAUCUACGGAUCGCACGACUGUACAAUCUCAGAGCUGAGACUUUACAAGCACGGCAAAUUGAAAACUGCAUUGGAGGAGGCUUGGACGAAACCAGGCUUGCCUCAUGGUUUCAGGGAUCCAGAUUGCAAGCUCAGGGCCCAUGACUGUCUCGUUGCCGGCGAUAUUCGUGUCAACGAGAACAGUGCCUUGGUCGUUCCUCAUUUGGUGUUCGUUCGAGAACACAACAGAAUUGCUCAUGUACUGCACAAGCUGAACAAAUUCUGGUCUGACGAAAAGCUGUUCCAGGAAGCGCGAAAAAUCGUUGGAGCAGUGCUUCAACAUAUCACUUUCAAUGAGUGGCUUCCAAAGGUUAUCGGGCUGAACAAUAUGAAUAAAUAUGGCCUGAAUUUAGAGGCAGGAAAAUACUACGAAGGAAAUGAUUUUGCGUCAGGUUAUGACCAAUUCUGCGACGCCACAAUUUCAAACGAAUUCGCGACGGCUGCCUUUCGGUUCGGCCAUACGCUGGUCAGAGAAAGUUUCAACUUGAUGGACAAAAAUUUUAAUAACGUCACCUCGCCCAUGCUCCUGAAGCAUAUGUUUUUCAAUAUAACACCGAUAUUCGCCAAGAAUCAAGGUGGCGUCAGUCACAUCUUGUCAGGAAUGCUAGCAACGCCUUCCAUGGCAUGUGACAGGCAUAUUAAUCAGGAUUUACGUAACCAUCUGUUCGAGAACUACAGCUCGCCGUAUUCCGGAAUGGACCUGCCCGCGCUGUCGAUUCAGCGUGGACGCGACCAUGGCAUUCCUGGUUACAACAGCUACCGUGAAUACUGUGGAUUCGGCAGAGCGGCAACCUUCGAAAAUCUCACGGAUCUCAUGAAUUUCGACGCAAUGCAGAAGUUGAAGAAAGUGUAUAGUGACGUUGAAGACAUCGACCUGUUCCCAGCCAUUUUGUCUGAACGUCCCAUGCCUGGAGCAAUGAUUGGUCCCACCGCCUGCUGUCUCAUUGGCGAACAGUUUCAACGUCUACGGAACUGCGAUCGGUUCUGGUACGAGAACAAGCAACAAGAAAAUCGCUUUUCACCGAGUGAGUAUACAGCCUAUUAUUUGCAUUAUAUGAAAUAUGAUUUUCUAACCUGCAAUCUUUCCUCCUUACGAACAGUGACUAAAACUUUCAACAUUUCAGGGCAACUUGCGGAGAUCAGGAAAGUAACCUUCGCAAGAAUAAUUUGCUCGAACGUUGAAGGAAUACGAAGAAUUCAGCCAGAUGUGUUUGCUCUGCCCAACGAUAACAUGUAG